CGAAGCAUUACGUCAUUUUUUUUUUUAAACCAAAGCGGUGGCGGGGCUGGUCGGGGUGCAGGCUAAAAAUGAUGGGGUGAAUCAAGCUGAGUUAUGCCCAUUAGGCAUUACGUUUACUUCUUCAGUUUCUUUUGGUUCAUUUUUAAUUGUAAAUUAUGUCUUUACUGUGUGAGCGUGAUACGAACCACAAUACGGAGACGGAAAGUGUGAUUGCAGAGUGGCGAAAUGGAGACAUGCAAGUCUUCGGUCCAAGAACACGGCGCUACUUGGAAGUGUUUGAGGAGUUUGACCGUGGGAAUAAAAAACUGGACAGAAAGAGUUUACUACAGGCCUUCAGUCAUAUGAAGAUAUUUCCCACAAGAUCUCAAAUUUAUUCAAUGCUGAUGUGUAGCAGUGAGUGUUUGCAGCGAGAUGGUGAUGAUUUCAUUACGUUUGGUGACUUCUGUGUCUUUACUUCAGACCUCGAGGAACAUUAUGACAAAUUUAGUGCCUUAAACCAUUCCAGUGAGAUACCAAAUGCAACUGAUCCAAGAUAUCGUCACAAUGCAACCCAUCAUCCAAGAUCUUCCUCCUCUAUGCCCAAAUUCAAAGUGUUCCUUGGUGGUUCGUGCAAUCCGACAACUUGGCGGAAAGACAUUGCCAUUCCCCUGCUGAAAGACUACAACCUAACUUACUACAACCCACAGCAAGUUGAGAAUUGGAGCCACGAACUGAUAGCAAUUGAAGAUGAAGCCAAGGAAGUGGCUGAAUUGCUUCUUUUUGUCAUUGACAGCUCAACACGAAGUGUUGCAUCUCUAGUAGAGGCUGCGUAUUUGUCAGGUGCAGGUAGACCUUUGGUGCUUGUCAUGAAAGGCUUGCCAACAGUAGUUGAAAAUGAAACAAUAUCAGACAAUGAGUUGAAGGAUUUGAGGCACAGUCAUGCCUUCUUAUGUGACAUGGUAGAGAGACAGUGGUGUCCAAUCUUUGAAGAUGUCAAAAUCUCGUUACACUGUGCUGCAAAGGCCCUGCAUAGAGGACUUCACUUGAGUCAACUCACACUAGAAGACGGAGCACAACCUGUAAAACAUCCUGCCUUCAAAGUCGGAGAUAAACUCAGACACAUCCGUGAAGUCUUUGAUGAGUUUGAUCGAGAUAAUCGCAGUAGAAUAUCACUUUCUAAUGCAUUUCUUGCCAUUCGGGCUGUGACUGGUAAAGAUCUUGCCUUCCCUGCAUAUAACCAAAUUGUAGCCAGCUGUGCAGAGACAGGAGACAAGACUGACUUGGACUUCAAUGAGUUUUGUUGCCUGGUUACAGAGUAUAAGCAUUACCAACCGCCACCUUCCAGCAAAGGAGCUUUCUCCAGACUUGUGUCUUCCAUUUAUCGUUGGCUGAGUACAUUCAAGACAUCAUCCAUUCCUCGAAAGGUCGUUGAGGUCCAGACAGAUGUUUUCCUUGGUGGGACCUGUUUGGACACAACAUGGAGAGAGGAGAUUGCCAUCCCAUGUCUCGCGAGGCAUGAUCUGACCUUUUUCAAUCCUAAAGUGUCCAACUGGAACAUGUCUAACAUUGCUAUUGAGGCCCGAGCCAAGGAUACAUCAUUGUACCUGUUGUUUGUCAUCAGUGCUACUUCCCGUGGCAUAGCAUCAAUGAUUGAGGUUGCCCACUACAUUGGUCAAGGAAGGAAGGUAGUGCUAUGCAUCCAACAGAUGGAGCAUGGUGUCUGUGUCUAUGGGGAAACGCUGACAGAGCGAGCUAUCAGAGACUAUAAUCGAGCUCGUAGCUACCUAGCUGAUAUUGCGAAGCGUCGGGGGGUACCAGUCUAUGAAAACAUCCAAGAAACCAUUGAUGUCCUGGUGGAGAAACUCAAAAUGGAACAUGAAGGGAGUGUAGAUGACUGACCAAUAUGAACUACUAUGUGCUGUAAGUGCUUUCUCUUAAAUUGGGCUUUCACUAUGCAUCCCAUUGCCAACUCUGUCAUAAUGAAAUGGUUUGGAAAGAAAUUGAACAUCUAGGAUUUUGUUACUUUAACAAAUCACUUUCGCCUCUGGUUUCUCAUGUCAUUUCCUGCUCAAUACUAUGAAAUCUUUGUAACAAAUGAAACUGGAUAGCAGCUUUUCAGUAUGGCACUUUGAACAUCUAACAAAAGAAGUAUGGUGCAAUAACAAUGGAUGUUCAUUGUUACUGCAUUGCUAUUCUUUUGUCUGAUGUUCAUAGUGUGAGAGGAUUGAGUACAAACUACUGUUGUGUGAUAUGCAGAAUACAGACAAGGCAGUUUGUUUUGCCCCCGAAUUCUACAAAGACCCGGUGGUAGUUGUUAUAAUCUAGCUGCCCAAACCUCAAAACACCAUGCCUUUGAACUGUCUUAAUAUUAUCAGAGAUAGAUAUUGCUGCUCUGACUGACAACUCAAUACAUUCACCACUGUGAGAAAUAAGACUGAAUCACACUCCGGUGCACUUCCAAGUACAUACCUCAAAAGCCACUCACAAAGCAACUUUUCAGCUUCAGUUGAAAUUGUUCAAUGAUCAGGCAGCUGAUUAUCUGCAUUAUUCAUAUCUUUAUAUGUAAUUUCACAGGAGUUUAAAUGAGUUUGGAGCUGUGUAAAGACCUUAUAUUUCACACACAAAGAUCCUAACUUGAAUUAUGCAGGUCCAAUAGUGGAAAACUUGCAAUGUGCUUAUACAAAGACCAUUUAAAAUAAAGAUUUCCCAGGAUGCACUGGGACAAGUGGCCUCUUGAUUAUGCACUGUAUUGGGAAUUGUUUUUAUGAACUACCUCCCAUUGUAAUCUGAGUUUAAAACACAACAUACAUGUACAUGGAGCUGUGGCCAGAAUGUAUCUUGUAACUCUUGCUAACCAUAUGUAAUGUGACUCAGUUUGAUACCGAGCUCUGUGAUGGUUUCUGCACUUUUUUUGUAUAAGUGUGUCUGCAUUGUGCGAUAAAAAAUAAUAGUAUACUGCCACAGUUAACCCAAACUCCCUAGGGUGUAUGUAAAAUCGUAUUGAAAUUGGAGGAGUUGGGACUGUUAGGGUUAAUGCAUAUUGUGUUGAAACCAUUUAAUAAGUGUUGUCUAAGGUUCCACUGGUUUUGCUGGAGCUUCAUAUUACAGUAAGGGAUUGUGAAAAUGCAAAUUAAGAUUGGCAUGCCAGUAAGAGGUCUACAUUGUCCAAGACUUGUCCAAGAUAUUUUACAAUAUAUCCUUAACCACAUCACGCCGCUGGCAGUUAUCAAUGUUGAUGAUGCUGGGAUGGGAUAAUUAUCAUUUUUUCUGUUUUCAAAAUUCUUUAAAAAUUC